GAUGUUCCGGUAAUCCAGAUGCCAAACGUCUCUACGACGAUCUUUUAUCAAACUACAAUAAACUGGUGCGACCCGUCAUCAACGUUACAGAUGCUCUCACCGUUAAGAUUAAGCUCAAACUAUCACAACUUAUUGAUGUUAAUCUCAAGAACCAAAUCAUGACAACGAAUUUAUGGGUUGAACAGGCCUGGUACGACUAUAAGCUCAAAUGGGACCCGAAAGACUAUGGAGGAGUUGAGAUGCUCCACGUACCAUCAGAUCAUAUUUGGAGACCCGACAUUGUCCUUUACAACAAUGCCGACGGCAAUUUCGAGGUGACAUUGGCCACGAAAGCCACCCUAAAUUACACGGGCCGGGUUGAUUGGAAGCCGCCCGCCAUUUACAAGUCUUCCUGCGAAAUCGAUGUCGAAUACUUCCCGUUCGACGAACAAACUUGCGUCAUGAAGUUCGGAUCUUGGACUUACGACGGCUUUCAGGUGGAUCUCCGCCAUAUGGACGAAAUGAAAGGUUUGAACAUUGUGGACAUCGGUAUCGACUUGACCGAGUUCUAUCCUUCCGUAGAAUGGGAUAUACUCGAAGUUCCGGCAGUAAGAGUCUUGCAUAGUUGUGGUGUGAGUUUGUCCAUUUCGAUUCUCCUGUCGCUGACCGUGUUCUUCCUUUUGCUUGCCGAGAUUAUUCCUCCCACUUCUCUUGUGGUGCCUUUACUUGGCAAAUUUGUAUUAUUUACAAUGAUCUUGGACACCUUCAGUAUAUGUGUCACAGUGGUGGUACUAAACGUCCACUUCCGAUCUCCUCAAACUCACGUAAUGGCACCAUGGGUUCGUCGAGUUUUUAUCCAUAUUCUUCCAAGGCUUCUGGUUAUGAGACGUCCUCAUUAUCAGCUGGACAGCAGAAGUCACCGUGUCAUGGUGAGAACCUGUAAUGGUUUAGAAUUAAGAGAUGCCGGACUGUACAGCGACUUGGGAGAACCGCCAAUGGAAGAACCUUCCGGGUUCUUUCCGAAUGCCAGUUCAAUAGAUGAGUUGACGCCAAGAGAAUUGGAAGCUGGCGCUCUGCGAUCGUGCAGCAUCCACGGUACGACGCCUCCUCCCGGCGUUGGUUUCCACCUGGGAGAGCACCUGGGAGGUGAUAAGGGUAUCGGCCAUAUCGAGGACCACCUGAACGAGGUCCUGCUCAAGGACUCCCACCCCUGGCACCACUGCCCCGAAGUCCACAAGGCCAUCGACGGUGUCAGGUUCAUCGCGGACCACACCAGAAGGGAAGAGGACUCCACCAAGGUGCGAGAAGACUGGAAAUAUGUCGCGAUGGUCCUAGAUCGCCUCUUCCUCUGGAUAUUCACCCUCGCCGUCUUGGUGGGGACUGCAGGCAUCAUCCUACAGGCGCCCACGUUGUACGAUGACCGAAGGCCUAUCGGCAUCCGUCUCUCCGAAAUAGCCUCCACAACCGCCAAGCCACACCUGGCGAUAUCUUUGUGAAUUCCAAUAUUGCGAGAAAAUCCACGCAAGCAACAUCUUCGUCAAGUUUCGAAAGCUAGGUCGAUUCGCUGGAAAGAAUUGGUUUCGUGGCUUUAUGAAUCGGCGUGUGAUGGAUAUAUAUUUCUUCAAUUUUGUACAGAGUUUUUAGGUAGAUACCAAGGGAAUUUGGAAGUUAUAGGAAAAUAUUCCCUUUUUUUAAAGGAAAUUGAAGUAUGCUUAUUUAGGCUUGGUUGUGAUUUUUUAUCAAACUUUCACAACAUGUGAUAGAAUUGGGCGAUACUUGAUGAAAAUCCAUAACGUAUUCAAGUAACACUUCAAUGUGGUAUUUUCACUGAAAAGUUUACAAAACUGUAACACGGGUUGCAAUAGCUUCCUUAGGCGUUUAAAGUCGUAACAUAGGUAUACACAAGUGACUCAGUAAAGUUUUAAAACCUGCGGACUACGGCUAAGACAUCCGAAACUGAUUGGUAAUUUGUUAAAAACCGGCCGAAAAGCGACACUCCAAGAUAUAUGAAGUGGUUCAUACAGGAGGGUGCCCAAGAAUUAUGUUUGGCAAUAUAUUUAUUACGAAUGAAAAGUUUUCCUUAUCCAGGUAUAUAUGAAAACUGUAAUUGCCUAGUGCCAAAAAUGAAAAUGUUCUAGAAGUAAAAAUACAGGUCAUUGGCAAGAGAAGUAAGAUUGAUUAGCAUGAAAAACCACACAAGAGUAAAAACAGAUCU